CUGCGGUCCAGGGCCACGACGGUGCACUCCCCGCCGCCCGAUUUCCGGCUCUGGAAGUACUUUUCCAGCUUCCGUUGGAGGUGCUUGGCGGGAUGGGACACCCGCACGAGCAGCGGGGACGGCGGGUCGAGGCUCGAAGCCAUGGCUGUCCGCUCGGGGAUGGCGCCGCGAGUGGCGGCGACGCAGCUGGGCCGGGCCGGGGCCGGGGUGCCUCCGCCCCGACGUUCUGGGGCGCAAAGUUUCAGUUUCGCUUUCCCGGAGCUCCUUCUCGGUUCCUGGCAGAGUCGCACCCCCUCCUCUCUUCGCCGCCCUCCUGGCCGCGGACUGCCAGAAGGGGGCUGCCGUAUUUGGGAAACGCAAAACAGAGCAGACAUUAAAAGACCUCAGAGACCUGGAGGAUGGACUUUUCCAAGGGUGUUGGAGCAGCAGCUGGCAGUGAGAAACCAGAGAUUGAUACUCUCAGAGGAAACUACAGUCAGCAAAUUUCCAUUAGUCAUGACAACUUCAAACUUUUAAAAAAUAAUGAGAGUCUGCUGUGUGAAGUCCUCCAGAAUAAAUUUGGCUGUAACUCUACCCUGAUGUCUCCGGGCCCGGAAGGUAACAAUGAGUCUCUACGAGUCUUCAGAAAAAUGCUGACUCCCAGGGUAGAGUUAUCUGUCUGGAAGGACGACCUCACCAGACAUGCUGUUGAUGUUGUGGUAAAUGCAGCCAAUGAAGAACUCCUGCAUGGAGGGGGCCUGGCCCAGGCCCUUGUGAAAGCUGGUGGCUUUGAAAUCCAAGAGGAGAGCAGAUCACUGAUUUCCAAACAUGGCAGAAUUCCAGCUGGUGAGAUAGCUAUCACAAGAGCAGGGAAGCUUCCCUGCCGACUCAUUAUCCAUGCUGUUGGGCCUCGGUGGGCAUCGAUGUAUAGCCAGGAAUGUAUUGAUAAACUGAAAAGAGCCAUUAUAAAUAUUUUGCAUUUUGUCAACAGUAAAAACUCUCUGAACAUUGAGACAGUAGCAAUUCCAGCCCUGAGCUCUGGGGUUUUCCAGUUCCCUCUGAAUCUGUGUACAGAGAUCAUUGUGCAAACUAUCAAAUUGUAUUUCCAAAGCGUGCCAAUUGCCAAUAAUUUUAAAGAAAUUCACCUGGUAAGCAAUGAGGACCCUACUGUUGCUGCCUUUAAAACUGCUUCAGAAAUCAUCCUAGGGAGGAAUGAGCUGGAAUCCCAGCUAAGUCAAGGAGCCACCCAGCCUUUCAAUAAUACUAUGGUUGUGAACAGCAUGACUCUUCAGAUUGUCCAAGGCCUCAUUGAAAGGCAGGAGACAGAUGUAAUUGUUAAUUCUGUGUACCCCUGUAAUAGUCUUAGAGAUGUGUCUGUGUCAAAAGCAAUUCUAAAAGCAGCCGGAGAUGAAAUAGAGUGGGAAUUACAGCAAAAAAUAACUAAGACUCCACUAGAUUGCCAGUUGGUACUGGUCACAAGAGGAUUUAAAUUGUCUUGCAAAUACAUAUACCAUGUGUUAUGGACUUCACAACAUUCUGAACAAAAACUGACAUUGAAAGCUGCGAUGAAGAAAUGCUUGGAAAAAUGCCUUGAACUAAAUAUAACUUCCAUUUCCUUUCCUGCCUUUUGGACUGGAAUCACUGGUAUGAAGAAGAGUGAAACAGCAGAGAUUAUGUUUAAUGAAGUUUUAACAUUUGCCACACAAAAUUUGCAACAAUUAGCUGUAAAGUUUGUGAUCCUCCCUGAAGAAUUGGAGAUAUAUAAGGCUUUCAGUGCUGAAAUGGAAAAGAAUAAGUUCAAGCUGCAGGGUCCCAACAAUUACCCUGGUGUCCCCCAGGAGACCAAAGAGAAGAAAGAAAACAGAUUUCCUGUCAUCAGUCUGAUGGGAUCCUACUGGGAAAAGGUAGAUGAGGCCCAAGCGUGGAUCCAGAGGAUACUGAGCUCCGAGGAUUGCUACAUCAUUGAGGACAAGCACAUCCUCUACCUCGGAAAAAAGGAACACAAUGAUUUGUCUCUGCUUCAGGAAAACUUAUGCGUCUCUAUCUCAGAGAUCGUCACCCUGGGAAAGGCACAUUUAGAGAUUAGAGGAGCUCAGGCUAACCUCAUUGAGGCAGUUAUGAACAUUGAACAGAUGCUGUGUGAAGUUCAAGAGAAAAUGGCAAGAACAAAGGAGCAAGUCCUUUGGAGCUUGUCAGGGCAGCACACUGAUCAGCAACCAGAAAACCAGAAUCAAAUGAAGGAAAAUACAUUUCUGAAAUGGCUAACGCUUUCAGCUCCAGAAAUUCAGGAUAAAAAAAAACAGUUUGAAGACUGUGGUUUGCGAGUUAUAAAGGUAGAGAAGAUAGACAAUGUGCUUCUCAUGGCUGCCUUCCAAGAAAGGAAGAAAAUGAUGGAAAGGAGAACCGCUGGAAAACCUGUGAGCUACAGGUUGUUUCAGCAAGUCCCACAUCAGUUCUGCAAAAUGGUAUGCAGAGUCGGCUUUCACCGAGUGUACUCCAUGCCCAGUGACCAAAAAUAUGGAGCUGGAAUAUACUUCACCAAGAACCUCAAAAACAUAGCACACAGGAUCAAGAAAACAUCUGCCACAGAAAAGCUGAUCUGUGUGUUUGAAGCUGAAGUACUCACAGGCUUCUUCUGCCAGGGUAAUGAGUUAAAUAUUGUUCCCCCACCAUUGCAGCCUGGAGCCAUAGAUAGCUGUGACAGUGUGGUUGACAAUGUUUCCAGCCCUGAAACCUUUGUCAUUUUUAGUAACACACAGGCUGUGCCCCAGUAUUUGUGGACUUGCAUCCAGGAUCAUGUACAGGGUUACUCAGGACAAAUGAUGCUCACUCCACAGCAGUCUUACAGUAUGUUCUCAAGUGGCAGCUCUGUUGAUUAACCUCUACAUUAUUUUAACAACAAACAUGACCUUGCUUUGGAGGAACUAAUCAAAUAAUAACUAUCAGUGACUCAAAGAAUGGUUUGAAUAUGUCAAAUGGGUUGUCUUUAUGGACUGACUGGGUGAUUGAAGGAUCAGCUACAAACCAGCAUCUUAGUGCCUUCAUCUUUGUCUCUGUCUCUUGGGGUUGGGGUGGAUAGAUACGAACUAAAACACUUUCAGGACUAUUCCCUCUCUUUCAAGUUGUCUUUUCAUCUUCUUUACCAUAGGUAACAGCAAAUAUGCUUUAUAUGUAACAAAGAAAUUUUCCAGUAUAUAAUCCAGAUCCUUUUAUUUUGUAAAAUGAUAAUAGUGUAACAUAUUAAGACAGCAAGAUGAUUUCAUAUUUUCCAGAAAAUCUUACAAAGUGCUUUGGAUAUCAAAAUAAACACCUUUAUCAAAGUAACUGGCUCUGAAAA